CACUGGGAAAUGAAAUGGCCUGUGAAGGGGCUUCUCCUCCUGAAAACGUCAAGGUGAAGGAAGAGGAACCCAAGGCGUUGCAAGAGGUUUCUGCACCCUCUCCCGGCGCAGAGAUCCAAAAGUGCCCCAAAAGUGAGCAGGCCAAGGCCAAGAGCAAGAAGAACCCAAGUAGGUGCGCGAGCAGCAGCCUGCUGAUGGGCAACUGUCGGCGCGGCUACGUGCGUGAGUGGUCGCACCCCUGCACCGAGGGCGGGAAGCGUUUCCGUCUGAAAAUCAACCUCAUCAUCCACCAGCGGAGCCACGCCAAAGAGGGGCCCUACGAAUGCACGAUGUGCGAGAUCAGCUUCGCGGACAAACGCCACCUGGACCUUCACCAGAGCAUCCACAUAAAAGACAGGGCCUUUGGGGCCAAGGUCUGGGGGAACGUCCACCCGGAGCUGAGGAUCCGGCCGAGGAGGAAGUUCUGCGGGGCUUUCUGCGGAGGUGCCCACAGCCUGGGCAACGGGAUGUACGCUGGGGGGCCCUGGCUGGGCCAGGCCAAGGAGGAGCUGGACAGAGGGAGCCUGUCCAGCGCGUGUUUCUCCCGACAGCAGAGUCCUAAGUCUCGUAGGAAGUCGGUGCUGAAAUGCAGUCUUUGCAAAAAGAUUCUCUCUGGCACGUGUUCCCUUCAGCGGCACCUGCAGACCCACUCGCAGGACAGGCCGUAUUGCUGCACCACCUGCAAGAAAUGCUUCACCCGCAAA